AUGCCGGGUGCGGGAGGUCAGCAACCUCAGAGAACAACAUUUAGACCGCCGUGGGUCAAGGAUGGACCAAAUCCACUACCAAUGCCCACAGCACCCUGGUCACUUAAUGCUAGAAGAGAAUCUAAGACUAGUGAAGAUGCACCGGCAUUUACUAAAGUCACAUUAAAAAGUGUAGCGAAACCAGCAGACGCUGUGGCACCACAAAAACAACCGUCUGAAGCUCCAAUUAAAAAGCAAAGUAAAAUAACUAUCGUGCCAACGCAACCUAAAAGCGAUAAGAAUGCAACUACUAAACUAGCAACAUCAAACGUCAAACAGAGUGAGAAUGAAAGAAGUAAAACAUCAACAGCUCCUAAACUCGGACAGCAGAAUGAAUCGCGUACGGAGACACCGUCUUCAAGACCUCAACUUGAACGGCAGAUUCGCGUUGAAAAAUCUCAAUCGCGUACCGAUAACAAAGUUCCUCUUUCAAAAAGUGAAAGUUCAACUGGGGCACCGACAUUAUCAAAAAGUUCAUCAAGAGCUGCAAUACCACCGCCACCACCACCUAGACCACCACCACCUCCUCCAGCCCGUAAAAUAUUGAAAGAUUUACCGGAACUUACGGAUUCGCAACAAGAAAAAUUGGAAAUGCUUAAAUCGAGGCCAAGAAAACGUCCGGAUUGGGCAUGUAUGAUGAAAGAAGUUGAAAGUGGUAGAAAGCUCAAGCAUGUUAAAUGUAAUGACAGAAGUGCUCCAAUAAUUGAGAGGGUUAGCAAAGUUACAGAAGAUCCAACAGGAAACGCACACUUUGUUUUUGAAUCAGAAACAUCUAAUAUGCAUAACAAAUUGCUCAAGCAAAUUGUCAGUGGAGUUAAAUUGAAGAGUGUUAAGACAAAUGAUCGAUCAAAACCAAUAUUAGAAGGAUUGAGGAAAUUUAGACGACAAUUGACAAUAGAGGAACAGAUGCACAAAUCUGAUACUACACUUGUUAAUGAUGCUGUUCCGGACGAAAUGGAUGAUAUUGACGCAGUAAGAGAUGACUUGCAAAGCACAAAACAGAUGCUUGCCUUGGAGCUGAGAAAUAAAGAGGCAUUGGAAAGAGAUAACAAGAGGCUACAGGCAAGAAUUUUAAAUUUAGAAGCAGACAACGAAAGAUUAAAAAUGCAACAGAAUGUUACAGAAUAUAAAAAACAGGAUGAAAAAAUAUUAGAAUCCUUGAGAAAUGAAGUAGAUCACGCAAGAAAAGAUGUUGAAAAAAUAGAAAAAGAAUUUGCAGUGGUUGCAGAAGAAAGAGAUAAAACAAAACUUGAAUUAGAAGAUAUGAAGAGAAUGUAUGCUGCAUUAGAAAAACGUAUGAAAGCUGAUUAUUAUUGGGAUUGGGAACAAGUUGAACCCGUAGUAGAAUUUCCAGAAGAAUCAGAGGCAAAAUGGUAUGAUGUUUCAGGAAUGGCAUUAGCUGGAUGUCCAAGUGCUAAAGAUGUAGCAAAAAUAGCUUCACAAAAAAGUAUUGAGAAAGCUGAUAAAAGUCCAAGUGAAUCAGAAGAAGAAGAAGAGGAAGAAACAAGUGAAGAAGAAGAUGAAGAUGAAGAUCCUGAAGCUGCUGCUGAACGCAGAAUGCAAAGAGAAAUUAAAUUAUUGGCAACUAAAAUUAAAAAUUUCAAAGACAAAGAAGAUAAUUCAAAAAAAGAAAGACAUGCAUUAAAAGAACAAAUAAAACAACAGCAGAAAUUAUUAAAAGAAGAAAAGAAAAAAUACAAAUCACUUCAAAAAGAAGUUGAUAAAAUGGCUAAAUUGAUGGCUGACACAGACGAAGAAGAUGGAGAUGAAGAAGAAGAAGAAGAAGAAGAAGAGGUAGAAGAAGAAAGUGAAUCUGAAGAAGAAUCUGAGUCUGAAGAGUCCGAAGAUGAGGAAUCAGAAAUUGAUGAUGAAUCUGCUGAUUCAGAGGAUCGAAAAGCUAAAUUACAGGAAAUUGCAAAGAAACAUGAGGGACGUUUAGCUUCAUUGAAGAAAGGAAACUACUUAUUAAAAGCUCAAGUUGAUAGAUUGAAGGACGAUUUAGCUAAACAAAGAGAGGACAGUUUAUCACUACAAGAAGAUCUUGAUUCUGUUCUUGCUGAAUUAGGUUAAUUUGUUUAUUAAUUAAAUAAGUAAUUAGAAAUUAUUAAACCCAAAUAUAAUCAUACUCUACAUUAUUACAAUAACUAAAAUAUUUAUAAUUAUUUAAAGCACAUACACAUGCAUACAUUUAUAAAUUAUAUAUACGAUAUAUUAUUGUAA